CCCAUUGAUCCCGGGAGAGAAGGGAGGAGGUGUUGGUUUCUUACCUCUGACUGGGCUGAUUAUGAGGAAUGGGGAGAUUGUCUCUUAUAUUGAAGAUGAAAUAGUUAGCGUUGCCUCUUCAUCUCGGGGCAGUCUCAAGUUAGGCAUUGGAAUGGAGAUUGAUGAGGUCAAGUUUUCAACCAGCCGCUCUGUUUUAUUGUUCUUCACCAUCAACAGUCAAGAAGUAUCUAAACUCGUCUUUACUGUACCCCAAGACGGUCUCUUCCCAACUCUUUCCAUACAAUCAAAGUCCUCUCAUUUGCCACUUAUUGACAGAACACUCUGUCGUUUGUUCUUCCCUCAGCCCUGGCCUUGUAAUAACGUCCUAAAAGCUCCAUUGGCUAUAGCACGGAUAUCGCAAGGUUUUGCAGAGCACUCUUCUAAUUUUGUUUAUUACAAGGAUCAACUUACUGCUAGUAUCAAUUCAUCUGUCAAAGGUGUGCAGGCUUGCUAUGCUCUCUCUCCCAGACGUCCUUAUUUUGAAGUCUCUGUUAUAGCGUCAAAAGAUCAUAAGAUAUCAGUGGGACUGGCCCCUUUACUCCAUCCGCUUCAUUCUCAUGUUGGCCUCUCACAGCAUUCUAUUGGAUACCUUAUUGAUAAGUCUGGGGUCUUUCAAAUCGGUCUUAAAAUAUCAGAAACGCCUACUUACAAUCACACUGGAGUUAAGAUUGGCUGUGGUGCACUGUUCCCGGAAGACGGCAGCAUGGGAAGUGCUGAGGUGUUUUUCGUAAUAAACGGCGUGUUGGUUCUGCGUCAGUUUGUACAGAUACCACCCUCUGGUCUUUUCCCAUCAGUCGGCAUAAGCAGUGAUAGUUUGAUUACAUUCAUGUUUAAUUUGCCUCUUCCCUUCUCUGGGAUGACCUACUCUUCACAAUGGCUGGUAUUGGAGAAUGUAUUGGCCACCGGUAACUUUGUACAGCCCAUUUCACAUGCACACAUGGGCAUUGCACAGCUCUCACAUUGUGUCACGCUAGACCGGACGGUAUUUUUUAAAGCAUCCUUUAGGACUUCACCUUUUGACUCAGGGAAGGUCCUAGUUGGUUUUUCUAAUGGUACAGACUCGCCUUUCUCUCCUAAGGUCUCUGCGUCAAACAGCUCUUAUUUUAUGGAGCUCUCCAGUGGCACAAUAAUUAUCAUACAAAUGGGUCAGAGACAGUCAGCUGAGUGUCAGAUACCGAAAGGCUCGUCUUACGUAGGCUGUGGUAUAUUACCAAUACAAAACAGCAACUCGUCACUUUUGUUUUUUACUGCUGAUCACACAAUCAUUUAUUCAAGGACAAUAAAUAUAUAUCAGACCGAGCCGCUUCACCCCACACUCUGUAUGGUUGGAUCAAUGGGUAAGAUACAAGUUCAGUCCUGUCCACUGUGGCCCUCAUUCUCUCCCAUUGGCUUUGGUUGGGGCAGAUUCAGCAAUGUCCAGUAUUCUGAAGGGGCCAUCUCUGGCUCAUCUAACAUAAAGAAUGAGUUUGGGUUUAUACAGUCGUCAUCGCCGCUGAUACCAUCUCACUGUUACUUUGAAGUUGAGGUAAUCAAGAGGGAUCCAAAGAAAUCCCUUGCCAUUGGCCUUGCAUCGCGUCAAUACAAUACCAAUCAUUGGGUUGGAUUGAAACCAGAGUCCAUUGCGUAUCACUGUGAUGACGGUAAACUCUAUAAAGCGAAUACGAUGGGGACAACAUUUGGUGCUAAAUUGUUUGAAGGAGACGUGAUUGGUUGUGGUAUACAGUUUAAUGGUGAAUCAGCAAGUCUUCUACCUGGCAAUAGACUGGAAGUGUACUUCACUAUUAACGGAUACCGUCUACCAAAAACCGAAAUGAUGACAGUACCCAAUGGCGGGCUCUUCCCCACUAUAUGUCUGGAGUCUUUCUCAGAGACUGUCUGUGUUUAUUUGAGACCAGAGAAGCCAUUAGGCCUCAAUCGUUUGGGUAAGAUGUGGUCUAGAGGUUAUUGUAUGAGCCAAGCUGGUCACAUUUUACAGCAUAGCUUUCAAGUUAAGAGUCAGAAAUAUAUUUCGUCCUUUCCCGAGGGUUUCUGUCAAGGCUCCAAGCCUUUGACUCAGAUCCAUUCUUAUUUUGAAAUUGAAAUACUUUCACUUGGCGAAAAGUCAAAUCUCAGUAUCGGCAUAGCACCAUUGCAACCUCUGGACUCGAGGAAGAUUGUUACGCCUUCAGUAAUGUUCACAGCAGCUGGUCAAGUGGUAACAUUUGAUGGAAGUCGUACAACAGUCACUCCAACUAGACAAAAAGUUGAGGUUGGAGACAGAAUCGGGUGUCGUUUUAAGAUUGCAGACAAGUACGCGAAUCUUGAG